AGCAAAUGUUUGCUCUUAAAGUGUGCGCUUUGGAUGUCAUAUAUUGUAGAAUAAGAUAAGAUUAUUGGCUCUGAAUCUGAACUAAGUUUUUGGAGAAUAGACUCACAAAUAGAGUGAAUAUAGCAUUGGUUCGAGUGAUAGGAAUAGUAGGGAAACACUGAUAGGAAUAGUAGGGAAACACAUCUAGCAAUGAGUUCUCGAAAUAUUCGUAAUUAUAAUCACAAUAAUAAUAUUAAUAUUAAUAAUAAUAACGAGACUUUUCUGAAACCUCGGCGGCGACCCAAUAGUGUGACCAGACUUUCAGAAAUCCAAGACCUCGAGAGGAAGGCCAGACGCCAACAGGCGGACCAGCCAGUUCAUGAGCCCAAAGACUCACUGUUGAGUUCUUCGAGCGGUUACACCAACUAUAGAGGACUUCUCAAUCUUUGCAUUAUUUUACUUGUGCUGUCGAACGCGAGGGUCGCUCUCGAGAAUAUCAUAAAGUAUGGCAUUUUAGUGGAUCCGUUCCAAUGGAUCAAAGUAUUCAUCGGAAAGCCGAAUGCCUGGCCGUCGUGUCAGCUCAUACUGAGUGCCAAUAUUUUUAUUUUGAUAUCUUAUAUCAUUGAACACAUUUUCGCGGCCAAUAAAUGGAGGGAAGCGUCUGGAGGGACAGUAGUAGUGAUAAACAUCCUGUCAAUACUGGCUCUGCCGCCGAUUGUCAUAAACUCCGUUCCGUGCAAUCCUAUCGGCGCUUCCAUAGCCUGUGGUCUCUAUUCUAUAGUUAGUUUAAAGUUGGUUUCCUAUCAUAUGGUGAACUACUGGUGCAGGAAACGAAGUGCCAAAAAGCUAUCCAAUGCCGGCUCCCAUUCCCGGCGCCGCUCAUUCACGUCAAAGGAUUUGCAUAAAACAGUACAAAACGGUUCCGCCACUAGUGAUCCAAAACAUGAUUUAGUGGAGUAUCCAAAUAAUCUGAAUUUAACUGAUUUGUAUUACUUCAUGUGUGCGCCAACUCUUUGCUAUGAAUUGAAUUUUCCUCGAAGUGAACGAAUCCGCAAACGAUUUCUUAUCAAAAGGAUACUCGAGAUCCUGUUUUUACUUCAAUUGGAUCUGGGACUAAUUCAGCAAUGGAUGGUUCCAACCAUUAGUAACUCACUUAAACCUUUACAAGAAAUGCAUUUCUCAAAGAUGUUGGAAAGACUUCUUAAAUUAGCGGUUCCGAAUCAUAUUAUUUGGUUAAUAUUCUUCUAUUGGUUUUUCCACUCGUGUCUCAACACAAUCGCCGAAAUACUUCGCUUUUCCGACCGCGAGUUCUAUAAGGACUGGUGGAACUCCGAGUCUGUUAACUAUUUCUGGAAGAACUGGAAUAUGCCGGUCCAUAAGUGGUGUGUCCGACAUCUGUAUAAACCACUCAUCAACAGAGGAGUCAACAAAUUUCACGCAUCGGUCAUCGUAUUCCUAUUGUCGGCUUUCUUUCACGAAUACUUAGUGUCUGUCCCCUUAUCUAUGUUCAGAUUGUGGGCAUUCUUCGGAAUGUUGUCUCAAAUCCCGUUCUCAAUGUUUGUCUCCAAAUACCUCAACAACCAAACGGCGAAUAUAGCGGUUUGGAUCUCAUUAAUCAUAGGACAACCGCUAUGUAUACUAAUGUAUUAUCACGACUACUAUGUUAUACAUCACGUCAAUCAAGUAACAAAUUAUGACUACUCGCGACCACAGCAUUCAUUUGUUCAUCAAAUCUAAGCAAAACAAAUCUGUUGUCUAGUCUAAGAGUUCGCUAAUUUUUUUAAGUGUCAAAUCUUUCUCAAAUCUCGUG